GGGUGGGGGGUGAAGAACAGGGCCCCGGAGCAGCUGCGCGCCCCGCCCCGCGGGCUCCUCCCCGCCGCCGCGGCCCGCCGGCUGCUGCCCCAAUGCGCUGCGCCGGGAGCCGGGGCCGAGUCGCCGCCGCAGCUGCAGGGGCGCCCGGGCCGGGUGACGACGCCGCCGCGCGCGCCCCUCCCAGGCCCUGCCGGCCGCAUGGAGCCCCCGGAGGGCGCCAGCCCGGGAGGGGUAGUUAAGGAGGUCGAGGUGCCAAGGGCUGCCCUGGGCACCCCCGUUCCUGGGACGGGGACUGGCAGCCACUCACCUGUGGCCGAGGAGGAGGUGGGCGUCCCAGUACCGGCACCAGGUCUCCUGCAGGUCACGGAGAGGCGGCAGCCCCUGAGCAGCGUCUCCUCCCUGGAGGUGCACUUUGACCUCCUGGACCUCACCGAGUUGACCGACAUGUCCGACCAGGAGCUGGCCGAGGUCUUUGCCGACUCAGAUGACGAGAACCUGGCCAGCGACUCGCCCGCAGGCCUACACCCGCUGCCCAGGGCCGGCUGUCUGCGCUCCCCCUCCUGGACACGCACCAGGGCCGAGCAGAACCGUGAGAAGCAGCCCUUCGGCGACCCUGAGCGGCAGCCUGCCGUUGUGGACACCUUUCUCACCGUGGAGAGGCCCAAGGAGGACUAGGCCGGCUGGCCCAGGGCCGAGGCGGGGCAGGUCCGGGCAGCCGCGGCCCCGUGGACGCUGCCCGCCCCACGUGGCGCCUCCGCAUAAGCACAGCCCAGUGGCCUUACGUCCAGCUCUUCCUGGUCCCUGGGUCAGGGACCAGGCCCAGGGAUGAGAUGAGACUUCUGUCUGUAGGAAUGGUGUUCUCGUCUGUCACUAGACUCCCGGGUAGGGGUGCGGUGAGCAGAGACCUGCCCGUGAGAGGCGCUCUGCAACCCCCCGGGGGUCUCGGGGGUCCAGUCUUGAACGGCAGUGCCAAGCUCCAGCCCGCGGGACACCCUGCUGCCCUAACCGCCUUGAUUCCAACCCUGCCCCCCUCCUGCCGCCCAGGAAGUAUCAGCACCAGAGCCCCCAGACCCUAAUACCCUGCUUGCCGUGGUCCCUGCCUGAGAGCCAGACCCACCUCCUGAGCUCGGAACACCAAAUAUGUCACGACUGCCUCAGACCGCCGGGCAGGGCAGGGGCAGGCGAGGUUUGCCCUGCCCCCAUCCUUGCCAUGACAGUCCCCGCGGCCCACCUGACACACGCACACACAGG